AUGUACUCCACCAAACAAUUCUAUCUUCCCGACCUGCUUGCUCUAAGCCCUUUGAAGGGCGCAACCAACCCUCAUUACAUUAAAGCCGGUGCUGAAUCCUCUCGGUGGAUCAAUAGCUAUAACGUCUUCACAGACCGGAAGCGCGCCUUUUUCGUGCAAGGUUGCAAUGAGCUUCUCGUGUCACAUACCUAUCCAUAUGCUUGUUAUGAACAGUUCAGAACCUGCUGCGAUUUCGUUAACCUGCUCUUCGUUGUCGAUGAAGUGAGCGAUGACCAGAACGGUCAUGAUGCUCGCGAAACUGGUGAAAUAUUCCUCAAGACGAUGAAGUACGGGAAACGCAGCGACGACGCGUCUAGAUUUCAAUUGGAACCGCACGUACGAUCUGACCAAAGUGACAGUUUCCGGGAACGGUACAUGCGUUUAGCAGGUCCUAACACCGCACGAAGAUUCCUGCAACAUUGCCAAGAUUAUAUUAACUGCGUGUCAAGGGAAGCUGAGCUCCGCGAGCAGGGUGAAGUUUUGGACAUCAAUUCAUUCACCGACUUGCGUCGAGAAAACAGUGCUAUUCGCCUCUGCUUUGGACUUUUUGAAUAUGUCCUCGGCAUCGAUCUACCUCAAGAUGUAUUCGAUGACCCGACAUUUAUGGAGGUCUAUUGGGCCGCGGCGGAUCUCGUCUGUUGGGCCAACGAUGUGUAUUCCUACAACAUGGAGCAGUGCAAGGGCCAUAGCGGGAACAACAUCGUGACAGUACUCAUGAAAGAGAAGCAUAUCGACCUACAACCAGCUGCUGACUACAUUGGUCAAUACUUCAAGGUCUUAAUGGAUCGUUUCAUGACGAAGAAAGCGGAAAUUCCCUCUUGGGGACCUAAGGUGGACGCGGACGUCGCUCUAUAUGUCGAGGCAAUGGGCCACUGGAUCCAAGGAAAUCUCGACUGGAGUUUUGAAACUCAGCGAUAUUUUGGUGCCGAACAUUUGCGAAUCAAAGAGACCCUGCUUGUCACUCUGCGCCCUAAGGAGUCCCCAUUAGAUUCGGACUCUGAUAGUGAUUAUUAAGACCACUACGCCCUCCGAAUCCGAUACGGACCCAUACAAAAGUUUUCGGCU